AUUGCGAAAGUCAGGAGGCGAGGUCCUGAGGUCCGCGCGCGCGGCGCGGCCAGACGCGGCGGGCGUGGCGGAGGAUGGAGGCGGUAUCGUCCAACGCAGCGGUCGGGGCUGCGCGUGAGAAGGUGGCGGUGUAGGCACACGGGCUACGUGGAGGCCGGCGGUGGUGGCCGGGCCAUGGCGGGAGACCGUUUUCGUUGGGCUCCCUGAGGUGCGCUCCCUGAAGUCUCGGCGAGCCGUGACCCAUGGGCUCGCUGAGCAGCCGAGUGCUGCGCCACCCGGGGCGAGCCCGAGCCCAGCAGGAGCCGGGUUCUGGGGCUGGGGGCUCGGCCCGGAGGCCGGAGAGUGGUGGCGACGCGGCCGCCCACGGCUUCUGUUACUGUCCGGGCAGCCGUAAGCGCAAGCGGAGCAGCGGGGCCUUCUGCUACUGUCACCCCGAUUCCGAGACAGACGAGGAUGAGGAGGAAGGGGACGAGCAGCAGCGACUCCUCAACACCCCUCGAAGGAAAAAAUUGAAGAGUACAUCCAAAUAUAUUUAUCAAACAUUAUUUUUAAAUGGUGAAAACAGUGACAUUAAGAUUUGUGCUCUAGGAGAAGAGUGGAGCUUACACAAAAUAUAUUUAUGUCAAUCUGGCUACUUUUCUAGUAUGUUCAGUGGUUCAUGGAAGGAGUCCAGCAUGAAUAUUAUUGAACUGGAGAUUCCAGACCAGAAUAUUGAUAUAGAAGCACUGCAGGUGGCAUUUGGGUCAUUGUAUCGAGAUGAUGUCUUAAUAAAGCCCAGUCGAGUUAUUGCCAUUUUGGCAGCAGCUUGUAUGCUGCAGUUGGAUGGUUUAAUACAGCAGUGUGGUGAGACAAUGAAGGAAACAAUUAAUGUGAAAACCGUAUGUGGCUAUUACACAUCAGCAGGGACCUAUGGACUGGAUUCUGUAAAGAAAAAGUGCCUUGAAUGGCUUCUAAACAAUCUGAUGACUCACCAGAAUGUUGAACUUUUUAAAGAACUCAGUAUAAAUGUCAUGAAACAACUCAUUGGUUCAUCUAACUUAUUUGUGAUGCAAGUGGAGAUGGAUGUAUACACAGCCCUUAAAAAGUGGAUGUUCCUUCAACUUGUGCCUUCUUGGAAUGGAUCUUUAAAACAGCUUUUGACUGAAACAGAUGUCUGGUUUUCUAAGAGGAGAACAGAUUUUGAAGGUAUGACCUUCCUUGAAACUGAGCAAGGAAAACCAUUUGUGUCAGUAUUCAGACAUUUAAGGUUACAGUAUAUUAUCAGUGAUUUGGCCUCUGCGAGAAUUAUCGAACAAGAUUCUCUAGUACCUUCAGAAUGGCUGUCUUCUGUGUAUAAACAGCAGUGGCUUGCUAUGCUCCGGGCAGAACAAGACAGUGAGGUGGGGCCUCAAGAAAUCAAUAAAGAAGAACUAGAGGGAAAUAGCAUGAGGUGUGGUAGAAAGCUUGCCAACGAUGGUGAAUACUGCUGGCGGUGGACAGGUUUUAACUUCGGCUUUGACCUGCUUGUAACUUACACCAAUCGAUACAUCAUUUUCAAACGCAAUACACUGAAUCAGCCAUGUAGUGGAUCUGUCAGUUUACAACCUCGAAGGAGCAUAGCAUUUAGAUUACGUUUGGCUUCUUUUGAUAGCAGUGGAAAACUAAUAUGUAGUAGAACAACUGGCUAUCAAAUACUUACACUUGAAAAGGACCAGGAACAAGUAGUGAUGAACUUGGACAGCAGGCUUCUGAUCUUCCCUUUAUAUAUCUGCUGUAACUUCCUGUAUAUAUCGCCAGAAAAAAGAACUGAAAAUAAUCAUCCAGAAAAUCCAGAAAACUGAGGAUCUCAUCAGUUGGAAACAGUAGCACUUCGUAAACUUUUUUGGCCAGCUUUAAUUUAAUGGCCCUGCAGAUAUUCACAUCUAAGGUGACUAACAGUGACAAAGGCCUUAUGAACUGUUCAGAUAAUACAGAAGACUAUUCUUAUCCUCAUUACAUUUCUAUGCAUAUAUAAAAAAACAUUUUAAAGCCAAGAAAAUAUCUGUCAAACCGUUUGUUAUAAAGAUGUCGACUCGUGCUUUUUAAUUUGGCAUCAGUAGAAAAUUGCCGUAGGUAAAUUUCACAUUUCUCUGCAACCAAAUAUAGAGUUAAUUUUUAGCUUGAACUUUGAUCCUACCUAAUGUUAGUGAACCUCAAUUAUCCAUCUGUAAGUUUUAUUUUUAUUUGGCUAAAAGAAUGCUAAAGGAAUAAUUUGAAUGGCCAAUUAUAAACGCUGUUUCAGUUGGUGUGUUUAAAGCUGUCCUUUAAUUUUUUCAACUGCUCUUUAUGAUUCCUCCUCCUAGUCAAAUAUUCUUCCAAUCUAUAUAUGUUUUUAAUCAUUAAAUUUUUUUUCAUGGU